AUGUCCUCGCCGUCGCCGGUGUGCGCCGCCUCCUGCUCCACCGCUCUCCGCACGCCGCCGCCUCUCCUUCGCUUCCGCCGCUCUUCCGCUCCGGUAUCCGCCUCCGUGGCGCGCGCGGCGCCCGCCGUCUCCGAUGACCUCGUCCUCCGCAUCGCCGAGCAGCUCGAGGACUCGGUGACCUCCACCUCCCCGCUCCUCGACCCCCUCCGCUCCGCCUCCGCGCUCUCCCUCCUCUCCACGCCCUGGCCCACACGCCGCUCCAGCGAGGCCUUCCGCUUCACUGACAUCUCCUACCUCCGCUCCCUCCCCAUCUCCCUCCCUUCCCGGGAGCCCGACAUCGCGCUGCCGUCCUCCCCUUUCUCUUCCCACGUCCUCUUCUCGGAUGGAAUCCUCCUAUCCUCCUCUGGUGCCCAUGUCAGCACCCUCGCCGAUCUUCCCCCUGGCCGCGCCCGCGACCGCGCCGCCGCCGCGCUUGCCGCCUCCGCUGAAUUCGCCCACAAGGACCUCUUCUUCGACUUCAACGCCGUUGGGACGAGUGACGUCGUUGUUGUGCACGUGCCUGAGGGGGUCAAGGUGGCCGACGACCCAAUCCACAUCAUGUUCGCCUAUACCGGUAGGGGCGCUGAGAGUAUGCAGAUGUCCAAUCCAAGGGUUCUGGUCGUGGCCGAGAAGGCAGCAGAGGUGGCCAUAGUGGAGGAGCACUUUGGGGCUGGAGAAGAAGGUGGUUGCUAUUGGGCCAAUCCAGUGGCAGAGAUUAUCAUCGAUGAGGGCGCAAGAGUGGUUCAUUCAUAUGUGCAACAGCAAUCAUUUGCUGCAGCACAUACUAAAUGGACAGUUGUCAUGCAGGAUACAACUAGUAAAUAUGAGUUUGUUGAGGUCAGCACUGGAGCAAAAUUGAACAGACACAAUCUCCAUAUCGAGCAGUUAGGUUCUGAGACAGAGACAGAACUAUCAACACUUCACUUAACAUCUCAGAAUAAGCAGAUACAUGAUCUGCACAGCAGACUGAUACUUGAUCACCCUAGAGGUUUUUCACGACAGCUCCACAAAUGCAUUGCCUGUGGCACAGGAAAUAGCAUAUUUGAUGGCAAUAUUAAAGUCAACAGGUAUGCACAACAAACUGAUGCGGGGCAAGAAACCAAGUGUCUUAUCCUAUCACCAAAGGCGCUUGUUAAUGUCAAACCGAACCUUCAGAUUAUUGCUGAUGAUGUGAAGUGUACUCAUGGUGCCGCCAUCAGUGGUGAGCUUGAUCCAAAUGAGCUCUUCUACUUCCAGGCAAGAGGUAUCAACACGGAAACUGCAACAGAUGCCCUGUUAUACUUCUUUGGAGCCCAUGUGAUAAAGCGCAUACCGUUUAAGCCCAUAAGUGAGAAGGCAUUAGCACAGUUCAAAGAGUUGCUUGCUUCAUCCAGACAAACAACGGAUGAGGCCCUUCAUUCGUAA